GGACAAAAAUUCACUGUGUUAUCACCAGCCCAUUUCUCCACUCGUUUCGUGGAGUAGAAAUAAUCCCAUUCUUGAAACUCUUUCUAUUUUUUCUUCACCAACCCCUCUCCUCUUUCUGCUGGUUUAGCCACAAAAAGAGGAGAAAGAACACUUUUUUUCUCUCUACAUCACAUUCAUGGAACGUGCAAGGCGUCUGGCUAACAGGGCUAUCUUGAAGAGGCUGCUGAGUGAAUCCAAGCAAUGCAACCACCAGAGCUGCCAUGAGUCUUCAACUCUGUUGAACUCUUCUUCUCCUGUAUUGUACACUCCUUCGAGGUAUGUCUCAUCGUUGUCUUCUUUUGCUUCUAGAAAUCCCAGAUCAGGGAUGUUGCUAGGAAGCAAAAAUAUUGUUACCCAUAAUGCUGGUGGUGGUUAUUAUGGUGGUGUUUCACAAGUUCGAUCCAUAUCUGUUGAGUCUUUGAAAGCCAGUGAUACUUUUCCCCGCCGCCAUAACUCUGCUCCUCCAGAGGAGCAAACUAAAAUGGCUGAGUUAUGUGGGUUUGAUAAUCUUGAUUCUUUGAUAGAUGCCACUGUGCCUAAAUCAAUUAGAAUUGAUUCAAUGAAGUUCUCUAAGUUUGAUGAAGGGCUAACUGAGAGCCAAAUGAUUGAGCACAUGAAAAAAUUGGCAUCAAAGAAUAAGGUUUUUAAGUCAUAUAUAGGGAUGGGAUAUUAUAACACACAUGUUCCACCAGUUAUUUUGAGAAACAUAAUGGAGAAUCCAGCUUGGUACACACAGUACACACCUUAUCAAGCUGAGAUAUCUCAGGGGAGGUUGGAGUCCUUGCUUAAUUAUCAAACCAUGAUUACGGAUCUCACUGGAUUGCCCAUGUCGAAUGCUUCAUUGCUCGACGAAGGGACUGCUGCUGCUGAGGCUAUGGCUAUGUGCAAUAAUAUCCUAAAAGGGAAGAAAAAGACUUUUAUUAUUGCUAGCAACUGUCACCCACAAACUAUUGAUAUCUGUAAGACUAGAGCUGAGGGUUUUGACAUUAAGGUAAUUACUAUGGAUCUUAAGGAUAUCAGUUAUAAAUCUGGGGAUGUUUGUGGGGUUUUGGUUCAAUAUCCUGGGACAGAGGGUGAAAUCUUGGAUUAUGAGAACUUUAUUAUGAAUGCUCAUGCUAAUGGGGUUAAGGUUGUUAUGGCAACGGAUUUAUUGGCACUAACAAUGUUGAAGCCUCCCGGUGAACUGGGGGCAGAUAUUGUUGUUGGAUCUGCUCAGAGGUUUGGUGUUCCCAUGGGAUAUGGAGGUCCACAUGCAGCAUUUUUGGCUACCUCACAAGAGUACAAGAGGUUGAUGCCUGGAAGAAUUAUUGGUGUUAGUGUUGAUUCUUCUGGGAAGCCUGCUCUGCGCAUGGCGAUGCAAACCAGGGAACAGCAUAUUCGCAGGGAUAAGGCUACAAGUAACAUCUGCACUGCUCAAGCCUUGCUCGCAAACAUGGCUGCCAUGUAUGCUGUCUAUCAUGGACCUGAAGGCCUUAAAGCCAUUGCACAAAGGGUUCAUGGUCUUGCUGGAGCCUUUGCACUUGGACUGAAGAAACUUGGGACUGUAGAAGUUCAGAGCCUUCCCUUCUUUGACACUGUAAAAGUUAAGUGUGUUGAUGCACAUGCGAUAGCCGAUGCUGCUGUCAAGAGUGAGAUAAACUUGCGAGUCAUAGAUGCAAACACUAUCACUGUUUCCUUUGAUGAAACAACCACCCUGGAGGAUGUUGAUAAACUCUUCAAAGUUUUUUCCAGCGGCAAGCCUGUGCCAUUCACUGCUGCAUCUCUGGCAUCAGAAGUUCAGAAUGCAAUCCCUUCUGAAUUAACAAGGGAGAGCCCAUUCCUGAACCACCCAAUCUUCAACAUGUACCAUACAGAGCAUGAGCUUCUCAGGUAUAUCCAUAGGUUAGAAUCAAAGGAUCUAUCUUUGUGCCACAGCAUGAUUCCACUGGGAUCUUGUACAAUGAAAUUGAAUGCAACCGCUGAAAUGAUGCCUGUGACAUUCCCUAACUUUACUGAUGUUCACCCUUUUGCUCCUGUUGAACAAGCUGAGGGUUAUCAGGAAAUGUUCAAUGACCUGGGUGAUUUAUUGUGUACCAUCACUGGGUUUGACUCAUUCUCAUUGCAACCAAAUGCUGGUGCUUCUGGAGAGUAUGCUGGGCUGAUGGUUAUCCGUGCAUAUCAUAAGUCAAGAGGAGAUCAUCAUCGCAAUGUGUGCAUUAUACCUGUUUCAGCACAUGGGACAAAUCCUGCAAGUGCUGCUAUGUGUGGAAUGAAGAUUGUUGCUGUUGGAACUGAUGCCAAGGGAAACAUUAACAUUGAAGAGCUACGGAAGGCUGCUGAAGCCAAUAAGGACAACCUGUCAGCACUUAUGGUUACAUAUCCUUCCACUCAUGGAGUCUAUGAAGAAGGUAUUGAUGAGAUAUGUAAGAUCAUUCAUGACAAUGGUGGUCAAGUAUAUAUGGAUGGGGCUAACAUGAAUGCUCAGGUGGGUCUGACAAGUCCAGGUUUUAUUGGAGCUGAUGUUUGCCAUCUUAAUCUCCAUAAAACAUUUUGCAUUCCACAUGGAGGCGGUGGUCCAGGCAUGGGUCCUAUUGGUGUGAAGAAACACUUGGCACCAUUUUUACCUUCACAUCCUGUGGUAUCUACUGGUGGCAUACCAGCGCCUGAGAAAACUCAACCAUUGGGCACCAUUUCAGCUGCACCAUGGGGCUCGGCACUUAUCUUGCCAAUAUCUUAUACUUAUAUAGCAAUGAUGGGAUCUACAGGAUUGACAGAUGCUUCAAAGAUUGCCAUCUUGAAUGCAAACUACAUGGCAAAGCGUUUGGAGAAUUACUACCCCAUUCUUUUCCGGGGUGUCAAUGGAACAGUUGCCCAUGAAUUCAUUGUGGACUUGAGAGGCUUUAAGAAUACUGCUGGGAUUGAGUCAGAGGAUGUCGCCAAACGUCUCAUGGACUAUGGAUUCCAUGCACCAACAAUGUCAUGGCCAGUUCCAGGCACACUUAUGAUUGAACCCACUGAAAGUGAAAGCAAGGCUGAGUUGGACAGAUUCUGCGAUGCACUAAUCUCCAUUAGGCACGAAAUUGCAGAGAUUGAGAAAGGAAAUGUCGAUAUACACAACAACGUACUGAAGGGAGCUCCUCAUCCAUCAUCUUUGCUUAUGGGAGAUGAAUGGACAAAACCAUAUUCUCGGGAAUAUGCAGCCUUCCCUGCUUCUUGGCUCCGAUCUGCCAAGUUCUGGCCAACUACAGGACGCGUGGACAACGUGUAUGGCGACCGCAACCUUAUCUGCACCCUUCUCCCAGCAUCACAGUAUGUGGAAGAACAGGCAGCAGCUACUGCUUAAAUCUGCUGCAUAAAUGUGUUCCUUGUGAGGUUGCCUCAUGAACAUCAAACUCAAAAAAUCAUCUCUUCUGCUCUCUGUAUAUAUGUUUAUCCAUAUUCACAUGCUCAUUGCAGCUGUAAACAUUCAUUUCUCAAUGUACUGAUAAUCAGCUGCCUUAAUAACAAUUGUUGCUAAUUGCAACACUUCUACUUCUGUAA